AUGUUCAAGUUCUUCUCAAAGUGCUGAAACAAGUCAAAGACAGAGGAAAGUAUAAGGAGGAGGGAUAGAGAAGAAACCAGGAUAGGUUGAUCGAUGUUGAGCAAAACUUUUGACUGGAAGGAGAGAGACAAUGAGAGUUGUGCUGUAUGCUUUGAUGACUUUGAUUUCAAAAAGUAUUUGUUCAUUAAAAAGCAAUGUGAUCAAGCAUUGGGCAGUAUUAAAGAAGAACUGAAGGGAGAACUGAAUGAGGAGGAAUUAAUAGCUGUGAUUUAUCAAAAGAAUAAAAAGAUUGCAACUAAAGAAGAGAAUGAGAGGUGACUUUCUCCUCAAGAUAAGUUCAAGACAAAUAGCAAAUUAAAAAUGUAUACCAUUAAGCAAAAAGAACUUACUCAAUCAAAUGAAGAAAUGCUCGAAAGUAUGGAGGUUGAUGGGAUAGCCAUCUUGACAGAAUGUCAGCAUGUUUUCCACAACACUUGAAUAAGCUCUUGGCUUAAACAAAAAAACACUUGUCCAAUAUGUAGAAAGACAAUCUACUUUCGAAAUCAAGCAGACGAGUUUGAAAGCGAUUCAGAAGAACCAUUUGAAUCAAAUCCUUCGGAGAGAAGGUUUGAUAUAAUGGGAUCUGCAUCUGAAGAGGCUCACUUCCUUAAUGAAAGUAUGAAUGAAUCAUCCUCAGGUGUCUAUGUACAAAAUAUAAUCUAUGAUGAAUCUGUGGAGCCUGAUGAAAUUCCUGAGCAUAUGGAUGAUUUUCCAUCUUUCACCUCUAACUCUGUGUCAAGAUCACAAUCUCAGAGCUCAGAUCUUCUCUCAAUACAAGAUCUCUAAAAUGAC